AUGAAAUACAUGCAAUUCAAAAGGUUGAAAAAAAUUCAUGUAAUUGAAUAUGGAGCAAAUGAAUUAAUUCAUGACAUUAUUCAAAAUAAAGAAACUAUUAAAAUUGAGUGUAAAUUAAAUGAGUUAAUUGAAUUAGUACAAUUAUUUCCUAAUUGUGAAAUAAUUUCACAAACAACAUUAUUAAGCCCAAUUAUUAUUCAAGUAUAUAAUCAAAAACUUCAUUUAUUUCUUGAGUCUCAAGAAUAUCAAUGUCUUGGUAUUGUAGGUAAAUUAGAUAAAAUAAUAAACCGUUAUUAUAUUCAAAUACCUUUUUCACAACUGGAUAAGUAUAAAGAAAAGCUCCUUCUUUUUCCUUCAAUGCCAUAUCUUGUUUGGUCUACUCAAACAGACAGUUUAAAAGAAUAUGUAACUUCUCAUCAAAUAUCAAUAAAAAUCGAACCUCAUUAUUUUAUUCAACAACACUAUGAAAAUUCUCCUUUCGAUUUAUCAAGUGGGAAUGUGUACGAUUGUAUUGGCGGUAUUUGUGCUCGUAUCCAUUCUAUAUUAGAUCCUUAUGAUACAGUCUCUUUUAAUGUUACCCGUUUAAUUAAUGGUAAACAACGCAGUGUUUAUCAUUCUAUUAUUCAGGGCACUCUUCAAUUUUCUAUCACUAAAGAUACUUUCUUAUCUUAUAAUUCUUGUCCCAAAGUUAUUGUUCUUUAUUGUUACAACUCAGCCCCACUUCUUAACAAAGAAAUGCAUCAUGGAUUUAAUCAAACAAAUAAUAAUGUGAUUAUCACUCUUCUUUUUAAUGAGAAUAAAAUCAAGACUUUUGUUGAAUUUCCUUUUUUUAUCAAUAAUAUGGUAGAAACAGGUUCAAUGGUUACAUUAGUUAGCUGUGAUAACGAGAACUUUCAAGUAGAAGAGGCAAUUGCAAGAGAAAUUGGAGCAGUUAGAAACCUAUUAGAGGACUUUCAAAAUGAAAAAACAAUUCCGUUGACUCAAGUAAAUAAAGAAACAUUGAAAAAAAUGAUCGACUUUAUCAGCCAUCACCAUCAAUAUCCCUUCCUUGGAGGAAAUGAAAGUGAAAAAAAAGGACAACUAACGUCAUGGGAUUACUCUUUCUUUGAUUUGGACCAACAAAAAUUAUUUGAAUUAAUUAUUGCUGCAAACAACUUAGAUGUGCAAGUAUUAUUAGAACUAGGCUGCAAAUAUAUUGCUGAAAUGAUCAAAGGAAAAAGUGUUGAAGAACUCAGAAGUACAUUUGGAAUUACUAAUGACUUCACCAAAGAAGAAGAAGCAGAAAUUAAACAAAAGAAUAAAUGGUUAGAAGAAUUUGUUUAA